CAAUGUAAAUUCAAGACAGGAGCUCCGCACAGCACUGGCGCGAGGUCCUCGACCCACGGAUGUCCCUGUUUUUACAAGUAUUUGUCCUGGGCUGGCCAGGAUGUGGCUUCCGGGGAGGGCAUCCUGAUUCGCAGUGAGGUCAGGGAUCAUCAACCUGGAAGCUUGCACUUGAGCCCUACCCCUUCGAGUGAUCUGCAUCCUCCGCGUGGGUGCCAGGAGCUCAGCCUGUGCCCCCACCGGAAGGCCCAGUCCACCAGAGAUUUUGAUUCACUUUCCAAGGAUAAUGUCUUCGAGAAUAACCGUUUGGCCUUUGAAGUGGCCGAGAAGGAGCUGGGCAUCCCUGCUCUACUGGACCCCAAUGACAUGGUCUCCAUGAGGGUCCCCGACUGCCUCAGCAUCAUGACCUACGUGUCCCAGUAUUACAACCACUUCGCCAGCCAUGGCCAAGCCGGUGUCUCACCACCCGGAAAGGGCCCGUCACCCUCCUCCCCGCCAUCCACUCCAGUGGAACCAGAAGAGAGGGCUCAGGCCGAGGAGCUCGCCUCAGGUCACCUGUCGGAGCAGAGCACCCACCGGACCCCCAGCAGCGUGUGCGCAGCCUGCGGGCAGCACGUGCACCUGGUGCAGCGGUACCUGGCCGAGGGCAAGCUGUACCACCGGCACUGCUUCCGGUGUCGGCAGUGCUCCAGCACCCUCAUCCCCGGGGCCUACCGGGCUGGGCCUGAGGAGGGCACCUUCGUGUGUGCGGAGCACUGUCCCAGGCUGGGCCCAGGUGGGCGGGGGGCCAAGCCCCGGUCCCCACCACAGCCAAAGCGACAGCCAGAAGAAGGAAAGGAAGCUGCAGAAGAAGCCAAGGAUGUGGAGGGAGGCGGCCCCAGCCCUAGGGCAGCUGCAGGGGCUGAGGCCCGGCCCCAGAUCCCCACCAAGCCCUGCAUUCUGGACAAACCACAGGAUCUGGCCAGCCCCCAGGCCGGCCGCCCCAUGCCCGCCCCCAGGAAGACCUUGGAGAGCACAGCCCCGGCGCCCUNCGUGCCCCCGCCCCCCCGGCCCCGGUCCAGCCUGCAGCCUGAGAACUCGGUGGAGCAGGGAGGCGGCAGCCUGGUGAACGGAAGGCUGCACGAGCCCCCCGUCCCCAAGCCGAGAGGGACGCCCAAGCUGUCAGAGAGGACGCCCGCCCCCAGGAAGGACCCUCCCUGGAUCGCACUGGUCCAGGCAGAGCCAAAGAAGAAGCCAGCCCCUCUGCCGCCGAGCAGCAGCCCCCGGCCGCCAAGCCGGGACAGCAGGCGGGACAGCAGGCGGGUGGAGAAUGGAGGCGAGGAGGUGGCCCCCAGGAGCCCGGCGGCGGCUGGCCUGGAGCCCAAGCCCUACAACCCCUUUGAGGAGGAGGAGGCAGAGGAGGUGGAGGAGCCCCCUGCUGCACCCAGUCUGGGCACCAGCCCUGCCCAGGCCCAGCCGGAGUCCACACCCAAGUCCCUGCACCCCUGGUACGGCAUCACCCCCACCAGCAGCCCCAAGACCAAGAAGCGCCCUGCCCCCCGGGCGCCCAGCGCAUCCCCGCUCGCUGUUGCCGGGCAGUGCCUUCCUGCUGCGCCUGCUGCCUUAUAUGCAGAUGACGACACUUGGAAGCGUAUUUCAGUGGUGCAGGCAGAGCCUGGCCCAGAGCUGGCCGCCACGAGGCUGCGGCUCCUCCGCUCCUGCUGCCUCCCUCCCUCCCCGGCUCCUGGUGGAGCCUCGCCUUCCGUGUUGUCUGCGCCUCCCCUCCCCUGGCAGCUCUCCACGCCUCCCACCCUGGACCGGACGCCUCAAGCCAGCCCUGGCCUCGCCCCCAAUACGAGGGGCAGCUCGGGUGCCCAGCCAGCCAAGCCCUGCAGUGGCGCUGCCCCCACCCCGCUCUUGUUGGUGGGAGACAAGGUCCCCGUGCCUUUGCCUGGCACCUCCUCCCCGCAGCUCCAGGUAAAGUCUUCCUGCAAGGAAAAUCCUUUUAACCGGAAGGCGUCGCCCACAGCGUCCCCAGCCCCAAAGAAAGCCACCAAAGGACCCAAGCCAGCGAGGCCACCUGCCCCGGGACACGGCUUCCCGCUCAUCAAGCGCAAGGUCCAGGCUGACCAGUACAUCCCCGAGGAGGACAUCCACCGAGAGGUGGACACCAUCGAGCGCCAGCUGGACGCCCUGGAGCUCCGCGGGGUGCUGCUGGAGGAGAACUUCAAGCAGCAGAACCUGGAGCAGCGCCAGGCCGACGUGGAGUAUGAGGUCAGGUGCCUCCUCAACAAGCCAGAAAAGGACUGGACAGAGGAGGACCGGGGCCGGGAGAAGGUGCUGAUGCAGGAGAUGAUGACUCUCAUCGAGCAGCGCAAUGCCAUUGUCAACUGCCUGGAUGAGGACCGGCAGAGGGAGGAAGAGGAAGAUAAGAUGUUGGAAGCCAUGAUUAAGAAGAAAGAGUUCCAGAAGGAGGCUGAAUCCGAGGGCAGCAAGAAGGGGAAGUUCAAGAAGGUGAAGGUGCUGAAGCUGCUGGGAAAUAAGCGUGACGCCAAGAGCAAGUCCCCCGGGGACAAGAGCUGACAGCGAGGGGCCUUCCACCCCGUGGCUCAGCCUGUCCGGGCUGGUUCCUGUGACUCCGAUGCUGUGUCAGACCCAAGGAGCAAGCAGGCUCCAGGGUCCAGGGUCCUGGGUCCGGGGAGCGGCAGCGGCCGCGCACAUCUGCCCCUCGUCCCGCCCAGCCCGGCUGUGACGGCAGCUCCUGGGUCCUUCCUUCUGGGUCACGUCCAGACGGGAUUCUUCGCUGUUAAAGUUCGGACCUGAGGGUCCUUCCCCCACGAGGUGUGCGCCCGGCCUCCUGCCUCUAGGGCCCUGCUCCUCGCAGGCAGAGAGCCGGGCUUGGCUGCGCUGGCUGCUUCCUGCCCGGCCUGCCCCGGCCUGGCCCCGUUCCUGUCUUCCUCGUCGGGCAGGUGGCCCGAGUCCGCUUCUCCUCCCUCGGGAGCUCUAUUUAUGAAGCCUCCAUGUUGCUCGGUGACUGUGUCCUCAGCCAGGAGUGGGGCUGAUGGACGAAACCCUCCCUGUCUCUGAGUUCCAGGAGGCGCUUCCCUCGUUCCUUGCUCUGUAGGAACCUCACAGGACAGGGGCUGUGAUGGUCGCACUGGGGACCUGGGUGCCCGAAGCUGAGUCUCCCCACAAGGGUCUCGGAGGCAGGCUCGGUGGCAGCUCCCUGAUUGGCUGAGGGGUCUGCUUGGUGUAGGUGCUAAUCCCGGUCUCUAACACACUGUAGUCUGAGGCCCCAUGGAGGCUCACCCCGCCCCCCGGGGGGGAGGGCCCGUUCCUGCGUGUGGUCAUCACCAGUCUGUCUGUCUCCUCACACUCCUGUUGCUUGUUCUCCCCGACUUAUUCCCACCAAAGGACUGACCGCCUCUCCCCCCACUGGGAGGAGCGAUGGGGACCAGGCCUUUCCCCAGGGACUGUGCCAGCAGCUCUUGGUCGAAGCACUGUGGCUAUAAGCUAGUUCUGGGACCUCCAGGCCCCUCCCUCAGCUCGCCGCCGGGGAAGACCUCACUGUAUGCACUCCAAUGAAUGGAGACCACGUCAUUGCCGUGCCCUGCAGCCUCGGGCGCUGUGCCCUUGGCCAGUCUGCCUUCUUUCCCGGUGCCUCCGGUGCCUGGCCUCACUGGUGGCCCAGGAGGCGUGUAGGGGCUCUGGCCCUCACUGCCCGCCCUCGGGCGCGACUCCCUUGCUCUGGAGGGAGAGGUGGCUCCCGCCCGCGUAGCCCUGGCAGUCCCCUUCCUCAUGUGCCUGUUGCCCUGGGGCUGGGUCACCGACUCCAGGGCCUUUCGGGGGCCAGGAUGCAGGAACCGGGCUGGGGUGCCUGUGUCAGGAGACUCGGGUGGUGGGGACUACCGUGGCCAUGUGCCCAGUGUCGUCAGAUCUUUCCAUUUUUCAAAAGAAGCUAGAAAUCCAGAUUGUGUGUGUGUGUAAUUUGUAAUGUUGGCAACUAAUCUGAAAUUAAAUCGAGGGCAGGCUGAAUGUA